CAUUUUCAACGCUCAAUCACAACAUAAAAGCUGCCAAAAUGGGUUCCGAUUGUGGCGUCUGGCUGGCCAAAUAUCUGCUAUGCCUUUUCAACUUCCUCUUCUUUGUCGUUGGCACAAUCGUGCUGGGCACUGGCAUUUGGCUGGCGGUCGACAAAGCCUCGCUAAUUGCAUUGCUCAAGAUGGUGGAAAGCGAUCAAAUAACCCAAUUCACACAGCCGCGUGUCAUCGAGCAGAUGGCGUACGUUUUGAUUGCUAUCGGCGCCGUUAUGUUCUUCAUGAGCUUCCUCGGCUAUUGUGGCGCGAUACGUGAGUCGCGUUGCCUGCUGACAACGUAUGGCGUUUUCAUGAUUCUGCUGCUCAUUGCCGAAAUCGUUGCCGGUGGCUUGGCUGCUUUCUAUAAAGAAAAGGCGCGCGCUGAGACCAAAACUUUCCUGCAAUCCACCAUCACCGAUUAUUACUCCACCCAUGAAAAUAUGGACGCCGUCACACUCAUGUGGAAUCAACUGAUGAGUCAGAUGAGCUGUUGCGGCGUGAAUGACUAUCGUGACUUCGAUGCCUCACUCGCAUGGAUCAGCAACAAGGGUAAUCGCACGCUGCCCGAAGCUUGCUGUGUGCUGAAGGAUGUGAGCCAAAUGUUGCCGCGUGACGAUGAUUGCGUGAUAAAUCCUAGUGAGAGCAACAGCUUCUACAAGAAGGGCUGCUAUGAAGUAUUCACCGACUGGAUUAUCUCCCACCGCGAAAUCAUUAUUGGCGUGCUGCUGGGUGUUGGCAUUGUUCACUUGUUCGCCAUCUUUUUGGCAUUCUGCCUGUGCAAGGCGUUCGCUAAGUACCAUGGCAUGCGUCUUUAAGAUUCUCCCCAUGCAAAGCUAGCCAAUUAGUAGCACCAAAUAUGACUAGUGAAGCAAAAAGCAAAAAGAUGUUGUGACGAAAAGACUUCGACAAUUAUGAGAAGCCAUUUCUGUCUCUUUUCGUAAAUUGUUUAUAUUGUUGAGUUAUUAGUUUUACAAAUUUUUGGACAAAUUUUGUAGAAACCUUUUUUUAUUGGUAAUAAGUAGUUUACAGACAUUUUUGUAAAUUUUUAUUGAAACUUUUGCAUAACUUUAUGCAUAUGGAUAUUGAACUAUUCGAACAAUUAAUAAUAUUGUUAAAUAUAUUUGAAUAGUUACAAACAAUCAGAUGGGAAAAUAAUUAAGGAAAAACAUUUGUUGAUGAAUGAGUAUGCAAAUAGCAAAGCGCCUUGAGUUAGGUUUUGCUAAAUUUAAGUAAAAAAGAGAG